AAUUCCUGAUGUCCUCGCCGUGAUAUAGAUGGAAUAUUGCUAAAAGCGGCGUAAAACCAUACUCACUCACUCAGUGGUUAUUUACUUAUACAUUGUUAUAUUUCUGCUUCACUUCAACAUUAAUCUACAACACGUGUUUUAAAUUACUAUUUAGCACUGUCAAUACCACGGAUUUGACGUCCGUAUAGAAACCUGUACACCAGAUUCAGUGUGAUUGAUAACAAUAAUGAGCAUGUCAUCCCUAAACAGGUUGCUAGUUCUGAUGGUGAUUAGUUGCCUCUGUUGUUUACAUGCUGAGGGUAAAUGGCCAUGUUAUGAGAGGUUUUGUUGGUGCCAAACACGCUGCAUUGUCAACUGCAGUGGUAAUGGGAGAGCACUCAAUUUUAUCCCACCCAUUGACACACAGUGUAUCGAGGUGCUCUACUUUGCCAAUAACAAUCUGCCUAGAAUUACUAACAAAACGUUUGCACACGUCAAGAAGUUUGAUAUAAAAUUUUUAGACUUAAGGAGUAACGAGAUUCGGUCAAUCGCCAAAGGCGGUUUCUCUUUUUUGAGUAGGAUGCUGACUCUUGAUCUCAGUAAUAACACAAUUCCUCCAAAGAUCAUCGAGGCUGCGUUAAAGUCACUUCCAAAACAGUUCAGUUACUUGUACUUGAAGCAGAUGAAUCUGAGCAGGAUAUCAGCGUCUCUGUUCAGUGGUCUUCGCCAUACCACGGCCACGGGAAUACAUCUAUCCCACAACAGACUGGAAGAGGUCAAUAUGACAGCAUUCAAGGACCUUAGACAUAUAUCCACUAUAUCCUUGGAACAUAGCGGUAUCCGUAGCUUGGACUUGGUGCAUCUAGGUGAACUAGAAUUUCUGUGGUUAUCGUCCAAUAAUUUGACCACCUUCCCCAAACUCUGUCCCCAAAACAAGGCAUUGUUUCCCAAAUUGUCGACACUUGGUUUGCAGAACAACAAACUAACGUCUCUGACUUCAAGUAAUUUUAACUGUCUCAUGGGACUCAAAUAUGUUUAUCUUUCGGGAAACAAUUUUUCUGAUAUUCUGGGUGAAACGUUUUCUACCCUGACCAAUCUAAACACUUUAGACCUUUCAAGAAAUGCAGGUCCUUUGAGUCUCGAUGACUAUUCAUUUAAGAACUUAAAUCUUAAAAAAUUGACACUUUCGUCAUCCAAAUUGUCAUUUGUCAGCCGCAAAUCAUUUAAUAGCUGCAAGUCCUUAAAAAGCCUUGACCUCUCCAAUACCACUCGGGACAUACCAUACACGAAAAAUCUAACGUCAAUACUGCAUGGUUUAUCAUUAAAAAUGUUCCGAUGUACUCUGUGUGACCUCACAGCUAUACCGCCUUUUGUAUCCACGAUGAUAAGUCUUCAAACUCUGGACCUUGGCGAAAAUGAAAUAGACGAUGUGCCUGAUCAUUCAUUUGACAAAAACAUACAUUUAAAGAACCUUUCUCUGUACAAGAACAAGAUCAGAAGUUUUAACAGCGAUGGUGUCGUGGCUUCAAUAAGAUAUGACCUGACUUACGUCAACUUCACAGAGAAUCCUUUCGACUGCACCUGCAAACUCCUUUGGCUCAAGAAGUGGAUUCUUUAUGACAGAUCGCUCUUCCGUGAUCAGGAGGUGAACUACACGUGCGCCAGUCCAGAUCUAUACAAAGGGAAGAGAAUAGUUGAUAUAGGUGAUUUAUCUGACAAGAAAUGUCUCUUUGAAAACUCUCCGUUCAUUUCAGUUAUCUGUGUAGUAGGCUCAGUAUUUGGAUCUUUAAUCAUGUUGGCUUUGUUGUACAAAUGGAGAUGGACUAUCCGGUAUAACUACUUGAAAAGACAAAUUAAAAUGCCUGCCUCAUCUUCAGAAGAGCGAACACCCUUACUCCAUGCUGACGUUUAUGUUGUGUACUGUGAUGAAGAUUACUCCUGGGUAAGAUACGAAGCCAUGCCAAACACUGAGGAACUUGGCUGUCUUCGGCUCAUUGUCAGGCAACGGGACUUCUUACAGAAGAAGCACGUUGUCAGUAACAUCGUUGAGAGCUUGAACUGCUGCAGGAAAGUCCUCGUGGUUAUGUCCAACAGCUUCUGUAAGGAUAGAGAAUGUCGGUUUGAAUUGUCCUUGGUCCAGAAACGUUUAGAGGACCAACUUCAGGCACUGGUGGUGGUCCUCCUAGAGGACAUAGAGGACAGGUACAUGUCAGCUUCAAUGUCCUCCUUCCUUCAGAGCACUACCGUGUUUACCUGGUCUGCCGAUUUAGUCAACAUUGACACUUUCUGGGGGAGCCUUCUCGCUGGUCUUCGAGAUUAACGCACAGGUCUCAAUCACCCACACUUUGGGCUAGGACGAGUAAGUCGGUUACUCUGACUGGAUACCCGUGCAUGUCCGGGUUAGAAUUGAUCUUCAGCAACCCAUGCUUGUUGUAAGAGGAGACUGACGGG